AUGUCAUCCACAAAAGCCUCCAGAAUAGGAGAAGAAACGAGAAUUGAUAAAGUCAACGCUGAACUGGUCACAUUAACUUAUGGCACCAUUGUGGCUCAAUUAUGCCAGGAUUACGACAGUGAUUACAAGGAAGUCAACAAGCAAUUGGAUAAGAUGGGGUACAAUAUUGGUAUGCGGUUAAUUGAGGACUUCCUGGCCAAGUCAGGAGUGUCCCGAUGUGCCAAUUUCCGAGAGACUGCAGACAUGAUUGCGAAAGUGGGAUUUAAGAUUUUCUUGAAUGUCGCACCGGCAGUCACCAAUUGGACUAGUGAUAACAAUCAGUUCUCACUAAUCUUCGAUGAAAACCCACUGGCGGACUUUGUAGAGCUGCCGGAUGAUGGCCGGGCCCAGGAUGAACUCUGGUUCUCGAAUAUUCUGUGUGGAGUGCUCCGUGGCUCACUCGAGAUGGUUCAAAUGCAGAUCGAGGCACACUUUGUGAGUGAUAUUCUCCGGGGCGAUGAUACCACGGAAAUGCGAGUCACUCUUGUUCGAUACAUUGAAGAUGAGAUGCCACCGGAGGAUGAUUAG